GCUGCAAAGAAGACUAAUUGGCUGUUAGUUUCUCAUUUUGUUGUAUAUAAAGGUGCUAGCCAGUGUCCACCGCCACAUUUAUACGGCGAAUUUUCCGAUCAUUCAGAGUCUCCGACCGAUCAAGAAGAUUCUUCGUUCAUCUCAGAUCCAGCUGUCUAUUUUUUCCAUUUCUCUCUCUGCCGACCGACCGACGGAGAUUUAGGCUUUAAUUUCUCAAUUAGAUUUUGACGAAAUCGGACAAUUCUCCGUUUCUUUCUCUCGUCAAACUCCACAGAUCUAGAAUCUCUGCCGCCCGCGCCUCUAUUUCCUGAUUCUCUCAAUCCAACUAUGGCUCUCCGGAAGGCUAUAGGUGCCGUGAAGGAUCAGACUAGCAUCGGAAUUGCGAAAGUUUCUAGCAACAUAGCGCCGGAGCUGGAAGUUGCGAUCGUGAAGGCAAUGAGCCAUGACGACGAGCCGACGCCGGAGAAGUACAUCCGUGAAAUCCUCCACCUAUCGGCAUACUCCCGCGGCCACGUGAGCGUCUGCGUCUCCACGAUCUCGAAGCGGCUUGGGAAAACCCGUGACUGGAUCGUGGCCAUCAAGUGUUUGAUGCUUAUCCAGCGCCUCAUGUCGGACGGGGAUCCGGUUUUCCAACAAGAGAUGAUGUACGCAACUCGCAGAGGUACUCGUUUGCUUAACAUGUCUGAUUUCCGAGAUGAAGCACACUCAAAUUCGUGGGAUCAUUCCGCAUUUGUAAAGACCUUCGCGUUGUACUUGGAUCAAAAACUGGAGCUGAUGUGUUUCGAGAGGAAGGUACACGGGACAGGGGGAGAGAUUGAAAAGUAUGGGUCAAGAGAAGAGCGAUGGAGAUCACCUCCAAACAGACACAACGAUUACGAUUACAACGAAUCCAGAGAUGAACCGGGAUACGAUAACAGUGGAAUGAGACGAUCUAGAUCAUCAGGUGAUGUGAGGGAGGGCUCUAGAGAUGAGAGAAAGGUAGUGACUCCACUGAGGGAGAUGACACCAGAGAGAAUAUUAGGAAGAAUGAGUCACCUUCAACGAUUGUUAGAGCGGUUCCUGGCUUCAAAACCAUCAAACAUAGCAAAAAACAGCAGGAUGGUGUUAGUUGCUUUAUACCCUAUGGUUAAAGAAAGCUUCAAGCUCUACGCAGACAUUUGCGAGGUUCUAACUGUAUUACUUGAUCGAUUCUUCGACAUGGAGUACUCAGAUUGCGUCAAGACAGUUGAUGCCUACGUAAGCGCUGCCAAACAGAUAGACGAGCUGAUUUCCUUCUACAAUUGGUGUAAAGACAUAGGGCUUGCAAGAUCAUCAGAAUACCCAGAAGUGCAGAAGAUAACCAGCAAGCUUCUGGAAACAUUGGAAGAGUUUGUGAGAGACAGGGCUAAAGGUACAAGGAGUAGCCCGAAAAGGAAACCAGAGCUGCCACCUCCUGAAGAAGAGGCGCCGGUGCCUGACAUGAACGAAAUUAAAGCACUCCCAGCUCCUGAAAACUACUCUCGUCCACCCCCACCUGAACCUGUGCCACCAGCGAAGCCCCAAAAGCAACAGGAAACAGGGGAUUUGGUUGAUUUAAGGGCGGAUUCAAUAACAGGCGACGAGCAAGGUAAUAAAUUGGCAAUAGCUUUGUUUGCAGGGCCAGCCGGUAACAACAACAAUAAUGGAACAUGGGAGGCGUUUCCAUCUAAUGGAGAAUCUGAGGUGACGUCAGCAUGGCAGAAUCCAGCGGCCGAACAAGGAAAAGCGGAUUGGGAAUUAGCUCUGGUGGAGACAACAAGUAAUCUAUCACUGCAGAAGGCAGCAAUGGGAGGCGGGCUUGAUCCAUUGUUGUUGAAUGGAAUGUAUGAUCAGGGAAUGGUGAGGCAAUAUAACAGCAGUGCACAGUCGAGCGGUGGCAGUGCUAGUAGCGUGGCAAUGCCGGGAACAGGGAAGAACAGUACGCCUGUGCUGGCCCUUCCUGCUCCGGACGGAACAGGACAGACAACGGUGGUGGUGGGACAGGAUCCAUUUGCAGCUUCACUUAAUUUUCUGCCUCCUUCGUAUGUUCAGAUGUCGGAUAUGGAGAAGAAACAGCAGAUGCUUGCUCAGGAACAGAUGGUAUGGAAUCAAUAUGCUAGAGAAGGAAUGCAAGGGCAGACGAGUUUGAACAAGGCCGGAGGUCCCGGAUACUAUGGCCCUGGUGUCGGUGGUGUUCCGCCCAUGAUGCCUUACGGAAUGCCGCCAGGAAAUGGUGGGAUGGGAAUGCCGCCAGCCGGGUACUAUUAUUCAAACCCUUACUGAUUAUUAUUGUUGUUGUUAUCAUUUUGCUAUAUAAUAAAUAGUGUGUUGGUUGCGGGGGUAUCAUCUACUGUAUUUUGAAUGUGUUGUUAUAAAUAUGGGUUUCAUUUCCAUAUGAUGUUGGUUUAUGACGAUUGUGGGAAUGGAGGACGGACUGACCGACUGAAUGAAUGGAUUUGUUAGCCAUUUUACAUUACUUACUGGAAAUGAUAUUAUCAUUGUUAAUAAUUAUAUGAGCUAUACUGUAUGUUGUUUUGUAUUA